GUUGAUUUCGCGGCGAGACGCCAUUGCCCGUCCUCGUUCCCCGCCGUCCUCUCCUGUCUCGUGUCUCUAUUCGCAUUUGCUCCUCCCCCACCAACCCCCCUCCCCUCCCAGGAAGAAAGGAAGGAAGAAACCCAGCCAGUGCCACAGGAGCUCGCCGCCUCUCCGGCCCCGGCCCGUCCGCCGCCGGCAGCGGAGCAGCCCAUCCUCCCUCCCCUUCCGGCUCAAGGGUGCUGUCUGCCAACAUGGAGACAUAUACUACAGAUGAUGCUCUCACAAUGAUGGGGUUUGGGAGAUUCCAAGCUCUUGUCCUUGUCUAUGCUGGUAUUGGUUGGGUUGCAGAAUCCAUGGAGCUCAUGCUGUUGUCGUUUCUUGGGCCAUUCAUACGAGAGGAGUGGAACCUCUCCCCAGAGAAUGAGAGCAUGAUUUCAAGUGUUGUCUUUGCUGGCAUGCUGCUAGGUGCCUGUUCUUGGGGCUUUGUUUCCGACAAAUAUGGACGCAGGACCGGUUUAUUGUUUUCAACUAUCUUUACUAGUGGAAUGGGUUUUCUUAGUGCUUUAUCUCCUAAUUACUUAUGCUUGGUGGCUCUUCGGUUUCUCGUUGGAGUAGGAGUGGGUGGCAGCCAUGUUUUUACAUCUUGGUUUUUGGAAUUUGUUCCUGCACGAAAUCGUGGCACUUGUAUGAUUGUCUUGUCCCUUUUCUGGACCCUUGGCACAAUAUUGGAGGCUUCACUUGCAUGGGUUGUAUUACCGGUACUGAAUUGGAGGUGGCUACUGGCAUUUACCGCCCUUCCAUGCUUCCUCUUGCUUCCUUUCUUUGGACUUACACCUGAGUCUCCGCGCUACCUUUGUGUACAAAAUAGAAUGUCUGAUGCAACUGCUGUCCUGGAGAGAAUGGCCAGUUCAAACCAAUCAAUUCUUCCUCCAGGAGUUCUCACAUACCAUAGAGAAACAAAAGUUGACCACAACAGUCUUGCUUCUGAGAGUGAAUGCCUUCUUCCUGUAAAAGAGAAGGAUUGUACUGUAGACGAUGCCAUGAGCUCCGAAUCUGGUAGUCUUGCUGCAUUGCGCACGCUAUUAUCGCGCAAUCUGCUCAGAUCAACUCUUCUUCUUUGGUUUGUUUUCUAUGCAAAUUCCUUUGCUUAUUACGGGAUAGUGUUGCUGACAUCGGAAUUGAGUGAUGCAAAUAAAAGCUGUGCAACUGGUGUGAUAUUUGGCCUGCACCAAAAAAAGGAUACCAAUAUUUAUAAAGAUACUUUCAUCACUAGUCUAGCAGAAAUCCCAGGUUUAAUUCUGUCUGCUAUUCUCGUUGAUUGGUUUGGCCGAAAAGCUUCAAUGUGGUCUAUGAUGUUUGCAUGCUGUGCUUUCCUUGGACCACUUGUACUUCAUGAGAAUGAGUUGUUGACAACUAUUCUUCUAUUUGGUGCUCGCGCGUGUGCCAUGGGGAGCUUUACAAUUUUGUGUCUUUAUGCUCCAGAGGUGUAUCCAUCGUAUGUGCGCUCAACAGGUGCUGGGAUUGCAACCGCCAUUGGUAGAGUUGGCGGGGUUGUUUGCCCUCUUGUUGCCGUUGCGAUGCUGCGGAGCUGCCACCAGAUGGAAGCAAUCGUGGUGUUUGAGGUGGUAUUGUGCCUUGCUGCAGUGGGCUGUAUAUUCUUCCCUGUAGAGACCAAGGGCCGUGGAAUGGAUUAAUUUUAUAUGAUCACUUGUAGUUCUAGUUCUUCACCAUUUUCAUCAAUUUCUACCAUCGUUGUGUAUAGAUGUUAUAAAUAUGGUGUAUGUGUAUACGAAGCUGGACAGUCCCUCAAAAUAUAAAGCAGGGCUUUCCAAGCUUGUUGGAUACUUCAGGUGGAUUCUGUACUCCCAAAAUAUUGAAAAGCAAACUUUUGCAUAUGUAGUGCGUUUGCAAAUCGAGCUAUAUUUCCAUUUUCAGCA